AUGCCUCUGUGCCGUUGGGGUGCCACCACCAGGGACAGCAGGCCUGAUGGGGAUGAGGCUCAGCCCAUGGUCUCCAGGGGAGGCCUAAAGGUCCUCCUGCACUGGGCUGGCCCUGAUGGCGGGGACCCCUGGGUCACCUUCAGCGAGGCCACACUGACCGCAGAGGAGGUCUGCAUCCACAUCGCACACAAAGUCGGCAUCACUCCAUCCUGCCUCAAUCUCUUCGCCCUCUUUGAUGCCCAGGCCCAGGUGUGGCUGCCCCCAAACCACAUCUUGGAGGUCUCCAGAGACAUGAACCUGACAUUGUACUUCCGCAUGAGGUUUUAUUUCCGGAACUGGCACAGCAUGAAUCCUCAGGAGCCGGCCGUGUACCGCUGUGGGCCCACCAGGGCCAAGUCUUCCUCGGAACAGGCAGAGCAGGGGGUGCAACUCCUGGACCCAGCCUCCUUUGAGUACCUCUUUGAGCAGGGCAAGCACGAGUUUGUGAAUGAUGUGGCACCACUGUGGGAGCUGUCGAGCGAGGAGGAGAUCCACCAUUUUAAGAACGAGAGCCUGGGCAUGGCCUUUCUGCACCUCUGCCACCUCGCCCUUUGCCAUGGUAUCCCCCUGGAGAAGGUGGCCAAGAAGAUCAGCUUCAAGGACUGCAUCCCGCGCUCCUUCCGGCUGCAGCUCCGGCGGCACAACGCGUUAACACGGCUGCGCCUACGGAGGCUCUUCCGCAGGUUUGUGCGGGCCUUCCAGCCGGGCCACGUCUCCCAGCCGGUCAUCAUGGUCAAGUACCUGGCCACGCUGGAGCAGCUGGCACCCCGCUUCGGCACGGAGCGCGUGCUCGUGUGCCGGCUGGAGGAGCAGGCCCAGGCCGUGGGGGACCCCUGCUACGUCCGGGACGGGAGCCAGUCCCCCCCGGAGCCUGGGCCUGAAUUGGCCCCCGGACCCCCUACUCAUGAGGUGCUGGUGACAGGCACUGGUGGCAUCCGGUGGCGACCAGUCCAGGCAGAGGUGAGCAGAGGUCCCAGUGGCGAUGGUUGCAGCAGGAACCCCCGUGCUGGCCCAUCAGGGAAGAAAAGCAAGGCCCAGGAGGUGGGCAACCAGCCAGUGGACAGGCCUCAGGAAGCGCCAUGGGCCUACUUCUGUGACUUCCAGGACAUCACCCACGUGGUGCUGAAAGAGCGCCACGUCAGCAUCCACCGUCAGGACAAGUGCCUGGAGCUCACCCUGCCUUCCCGGGCUGUGGCCCUGUCCUUGGUGUCGCUGGUGGACGGCUAUUUCCGCCUGACGGCCGACUCGAGCCACUACCUGUGCCAGGAGGUGGCCCCUCCACGGCUGGUGAUGAGCAUCCGGGAUGGCAUCCACGGGCCCUUGCUGGAGCCAUUCGUGCUGGCCAAGCUGCGGCCCGAAGAUGGCCUCUACCUCAUCCACUGGAGCACCAGCCACCUCAACCGUCUCAUCCUCACGGUGGCCCAGCGUGACCAGGCACCUGGCGGGCAGCAGCUGCACCUCCGUAAAUUCCCCAUUGAGCUGCGGGCCGGGAGCUUCGAGCUGGAGGGCUGGGACCGCUCCUUCCCGAGCGUGCGGGAGCUGCGCACCGCCCUGCAGGGCUGCUCGCUGCGGGCCGGGGACGACUGUUUCUCCCUGCGCCGCUGCUGCCUGCCACGCCCCGGAGAGCUCUCCAACCUCAUCAUCAUGCGUGGGUCUCGGGCCAGCCCUGGGCCACUCAACCUCAGCCAGCUCAGCUUCCACCGCGUCUGCCAGGAUGACAUUACCCAGCUGUCUCACUUGGGCCAAGGCACGAGGACCAAUGUGUAUGAGGGCAUCUUACGGGUGGGGGAAAGAGGUCCCAAGGAGGGCACGGCAGAUGGUGGGGACCCCCCCACGCCCAGUGGGGACCGUGGGCAGGAGCUACGAGUGGUACUCAAGGUGCUGGAUCCCAGUCACCACGACAUCGCCCUGGCCUUCUACGAGACAGCCAGCCUCAUGAGCCAGGUCUCCCACGUGCACCUGGCCUUUGUGCACGGCGUCUGCGUGCACGGCUCUGAGAACAUCAUGGUGACAGAGUACGUGGAGCACGGACCCCUGGAUGUGUGGCUGCGGCGGGAGAGGGGCCACGUGCCUGUGGCCUGGAAGGUGGCAGUGGCCCAGCAGCUGGCCAGCGCUCUCAGCUACCUGGAAGACAAGAGCCUGGUUCAUGGUAAUGUGUGUGGCCGGAACAUCCUGCUGGCACGGCUGGGACUGGCGGAGGGCACCAGCCCCUUCAUCAAGCUGAGCGAUCCCGGUGUGGGCCUGGGCGCCCUUUCCAGGGAGGAGCGGGUAGAGAGGAUCCCCUGGACAGCCCCCGAGUGCCUGUCAGGUGGGGCCAGCACCCUAACCACUGCAGCUGACAAAUGGGGCUUUGGUGUCACCCUCCUGGAGAUCUGCUUCGACGGGGAGGCCCCUCUGCAGGGCCGCGGCCCUUCUGAGAAAGAGUGCUUCUACCAGAAGCAGCACCAGCUUCCUCAGCCCUCAUGCCCGGAGCUGGCCACACUCACCAGCCAGUGCCUGACCUAUGAACCAGCUCAGCGGCCCUCCUUCCGCACCAUCCUGCGUGACCUCACUCAGCUGCAGCCCCAGAAUCUUGCUGACGUCUUGGCUGUGAACCCCGACUCGCCUGCAUCAGACCCCACCGUUUUCCACAAGCGCUAUUUGAAAAAGAUCCGGGAUCUGGGCGAGGGUCAUUUCGGCAAGGUCAGUCUGUAUUGCUACGACCCGACUAACGACGGCACCGGCGAGAUGGUGGCUGUGAAGGCCCUCAAGGCAGGCGGGGGCCCCCAGCUCCGCACUGGCUGGCGGCGGGAGAUCGACAUCCUGCGCACGCUCUACCACAAGCACAUCGUCAAAUACAAGGGAUGCUGUGAGGACCAAGGAGAGAAGUCGGUGCAGCUCGUUAUGGAGUACGUGCCUCUGGGCAGCCUCCGGGACUACCUUCCCCGGCACAACGUCGGACUGGCCCAACUGCUACUCUUCGCCCAGCAGAUCUGUGAGGGCAUGGCCUACCUUCAUGCACAGCACUACGUCCACCGAGACCUGGCUGCCCGCAACGUGCUGCUGGACAACGACAGGCUGGUCAAAAUCGGGGACUUUGGCCUAGCCAAGGCUGUGCCUGAAGGCCAUGAGUACUACCGCGUGCGCGAAGAUGGGGACAGCCCCGUAUUCUGGUAUGCUCCAGAGUGCCUGAAGGAGUGUAAGUUCUACUAUGCAUCCGACGUCUGGUCCUUCGGGGUCACCAUGUAUGAGCUGCUGACCUACUGUGACUCCAGCCAGAGCCCCCCUUCGAAAUUCAUCGAGCUCAUAGGCCUCACCCAAGGGCAGAUGACGGUGCUGAGGCUCACUGAGCUGCUGGAACGAGGGGAGAGGCUGCCGCGGCCAGAGAAAUGCCCUUGCGAGAUCUACCUCCUCAUGAAGAACUGCUGGGAGGCAGAGGCCUCAUUCCGCCCCACUUUCCAGAACCUCAUCCCCAUUCUCAAGACGGUCCAGGAGAAAUACCAAGGCCAGGCCGCCUCAGUGUUCAAUGUGUGCUGA